AUGCAUCAAUCACCAAGCUUUGUUCAGUCCAAUCAACCAUCCUUUGUCUGCAAACUCAAGAAGGCCCUUUAUGGAUUGAAGCAAGCUCCAAGAGCUUGGUUCUCUACCUACUCUAAUUUGCUCCUCACUCAGGAUUUCAUUCCUAGCCAAUAUGACUACUCUUUAUUUGUUAAGAAAACCUCCACAUCCAUUACCAUUCUACUCAUAUAUGUAGAUGAUAUUCUCCUCACAAGAAGUGAUUCUCUAUAUAUUCAAACUCUUGUUCAAGCAAUGCAUUCUGCUUUUUCUAUGAAAGAGCUUGGCUUCAUCAACUACUUUCUUGGCAUUUCAGUUGCUCCCACAUCCACUGGUUAUGUUCUUUCUCAGCAUAAAUAUGCUUCAGAAAUUUUAGUUAAAGCUGGCAUGAGUUCUUGUAAGCUAUACUCUUCUCCUAUGGCUACUAAGCAUUCUUCUUCUUCUUCCACUGAUGAUCUACCCUUUUCUCAUCCAUCUCUUUAUCGUAGUUUGGUUGGUGCACUUCAAUAUAUGACUAUUACUAGGCCUGAUCUGGCCUUUGCAGUAAACCAUGCUUGUCAGUUCAUGCAAUCUCCUUCCAAUACUCAUUUUGUUAUUGUCAAGAGAUUACUACGAUAUCUUAAGGGUACUUUGGAUUAUGGUCUUCAUUUUUCCAAUGGUCCUCUUAUCCUUAAUGCUUUCUCUGAUUUUGAUUGGGCUGGCAAUCCAAUUGAUAGACGAUACACCACUGGCUACUAUGUUCAUCUUGGCCUUAACUUGAUUGCGUGGACUGCUAAGAAACAGCCAACAGUGUCCAAGUCUUCCUCUAAAGCAGAAUACAGGGCUUUGGCUUAG